AUGGGCCAGAAGACGCUGCACGGAUUCGCCGCCACGGCUUUGGCCGUUCUCCCCUUUGUGAAGGCUCAGCAGCCCGGCAACUUCACGCCGGAGGUGCACCCGCAACUGCCAACGUGGAAGUGCACGACCGCCGGCGGCUGCGUUCAGCAGGACACUUCGGUGGUGCUCGACUGGAACUACCGUUGGAUCCACAAUGCCGACGGCACCGCCUCGUGCACGACGUCCAGCGGGGUCGACCACACGCUGUGUCCAGAUGAGGCGACCUGCGCGAAGAACUGCUUCGUGGAAGGCGUCAACUACACGAGCAGCGGUGUCACCACAUCCGGCAGUUCGCUGACGAUGAGGCAGUAUUUCAAGGGGAGCAACGGGCAGACCAACAGCGUUUCGCCUCGUCUCUACCUGCUCGGCUCGGAUGGAAACUACGUAAUGCUCAAGCUGCUCGGCCAGGAGCUGAGCUUCGAUGUCGAUCUCUCCACGCUCCCCUGCGGCGAGAACGGCGCGCUGUACCUGUCCGAGAUGGACGCGACCGGUGGCAGGAACCAGUACAACACCGGCGGUGCCAACUACGGCUCGGGCUACUGUGACGCCCAGUGUCCCGUGCAGACGUGGAUGAACGGCACGCUGAACACCAACGGGCAGGGCUACUGCUGCAACGAGAUGGACAUCCUCGAGGCCAACUCCCGCGCCAACGCGAUGACACCUCACCCCUGCGCCAACGGCAGCUGCGACAAGAGCGGGUGCGGACUCAACCCCUACGCCGAGGGCUACAAGAGCUACUACGGACCGGGCCUCACGGUUGACACGUCGAAGCCCUUCACCAUCAUUACCCGCUUCAUCACCGACGACGGCACGACCAGCGGCACCCUCAACCAGAUCCAGCGGAUCUAUGUGCAGAAUGGCAAGACGGUCGCGUCGGCUGCGUCCGGAGGCGACAUCAUCACGGCAUCCGGCUGCACCUCGGCCCAGGCGUUCGGCGGGCUGGCCAACAUGGGCGCGGCGCUUGGACGGGGCAUGGUGCUGACCUUCAGCAUCUGGAACGACGCUGGGGGCUACAUGAACUGGCUCGACAGCGGCAACAACGGCCCGUGCAGCAGCACCGAGGGCAACCCGUCCAACAUCCUGGCCAACUACCCGGACACCCACGUGGUCUUCUCCAACAUCCGCUGGGGAGACAUCGGCUCGACGGUCCAGGUCUCGGGAGGCGGCAACGGCGGCUCGACCACCACCACGUCGACCACCACGCUGAGGACCUCGACCACGACCACCACCACCGCCCCGACGGCCACUGCCACGCACUGGGGACAAUGCGGCGGAAUCGGGUGGACUGGACCGACCGUCUGCGAAUCGCCGUACGCAUGCAAGGAGCUGAACCCCUGGUACUACCAGUGCCUCUAAAGUAUUGCAGUGAAGCCAUACUCCGUGCUCGGCAUGGCUCCAAUCUGUUUG